UGGGAUUAUAAUUGCCAUGGUGAGUCUGAGUUCCUGCUGCCUGCUUUGGGUGUGGAGAGAUUUUGUUGGUGUUGGUGCGGCUGUACCUGGCCUGGGAAGGAGAAUCCUGUCUUCGAAGCGUGUUGCCAGGAGUGCUGAUGUGCCAGAGUCGCGGCCAUGCUGCAGCAGAUCCUGGCAGACAUGUACAUCGAUCCUGAGCUGCUGGCAGAGCUCAGCGAGGAGCAGAAACAGAUCCUCUUCCUCAAGAUGAGGCAGGAGCAGGUCAGACGGUGGAAGGAGAAAGAAGCUGCCACAGACAAGAACUCAGCGAAGAAAGUGACCCAGCGGAAAGCGCUCGGGAAGUCGGUGAAGUGGAAGCUCGGCACGGACAGCGAAGUCUGGGUCUGGGUCAUGGGCGAGCACGCGUCGGAUAAGCCUUAUGAUGUGAUCUGCGAGGAAAUCCAGGCACGGAGGGCUCAGCAGGAAGUGGGGGAAGCCAGAGGAAGUCAAACAUUCCUAGAACCGGCUGUACCAUGGUCCCUGCAUUCUCAGCCAGGAGCCCUGGGUGGGGCAGAUGCCAAAAGGAAGGAGGAAAAAACCGGAGAGAGGGAGAAGGAAGAUGUGAUAACAGCUGAUAAAGAGGAGAGAAGCUGGGAUCAUGCUCAGGCUGCUCCCAGUAAAGGCAGAGACGUGCACCAGAUGUUGGCAGAUUCCAAGGCUCAGACGAGGAAGUACGACGUUCAGCAGGGGAAGGAUCUAGCAAGGAGGAGGCCAGGAGGGAUGAGAGCAUCUGCAGAGAGGGAGCUGCGCACUAACAACGACCGGAAGGAGGCCCAGGAGUCAGGGCAGAAAUCGGACAAGGACGAUCCUGAGUGGCAGGAAUCCUUGAGGAAAUCCAAAGCCGCUGAUGAGAGGAGACGCUCCAUUGCAAAGCAGGCCAGGGACGACUACAACAGGCUGUCGCUGCAAGGGAUCCGCAAAGGGAAGGUAGCCGAAGUUUCCAAGAAUUUUGGGAGCAAGGAGCGCAGCUUGCCCCCCCGUCCUUCCCUUCCACCCAAGCCUAAAACCCUAAACUCUGGGGUAGCCAAUGGGAGGCCCAACAGGAAUCCGGGCGUGCAGAGGACCCUCUCCACUUCCACCCAGGAGAGCAUCAUCAGGUGGUUUAAAGAAGAGCAGUUUCCUCUUCGGGCGGGUUAUGAGAAAUCCACGGACAGGAUAGCACCCUGGUUCCAUGGUAUCGUAACCCUGAGGCAAGCAGAGGAGCUCCUGAGCAAAUCGGUGCCCGGGAGCUUUCUGGUCCGGGUCAGUGAGAAGAUCAAAGGCUACGCACUCUGCCAUCUGUCCCCGGAGGGCUGUAAGCACUUUCUAAUAGAUGCCUCCAGCAACUCCUACAGCUUCCUGGGAGUGGACCAGCUGCAGCAUUCGACACUGGCCGACCUUGUCAACUACCACAAGGAGGAGCCCAUCACUUCUUUGGGGAAGGAGCUGCUGCUUUACCCAUGUGGCCAACAGGGACCGGAACCUGACUACCUUGAUCUCUUUGAGUGA